AUUUGUCCUUACGUUUUCAUUAAUCUCUAUUUUGCAAUCCGAAUUCAUGAGAUUUGGUUAGAUUAAAUUGACUUAGGAUUUUAAUUUCAGUGACUAAUUUAUCGUUUCGUAAAUAUAGAGAUUUUCGUUGAUUUUUAUUUUACAAUCUAAAUCAUCAUAAUUGAUUUGACUAAAUUGAUUAAUUAUCUUUAGUUUUAAUUAUCCACUUAGUAGGGUUGGCUACAUAGAUUACACGAAGACAUAGAUUAUCCACAUAGCUCAUUCUCCUUCAAAUUCAUGCAGUUUUGUUCUUCAACGUCGGUUGAUGGCAAACUUACUGCAGUGAGGUUCGAUCAAUCGUAAAUUAAUUAUGGCCUAGCUUUUCAUCCUAAUUUCUUUCAGUAUAUACUGCCACAUGAAAAUGAAAAGCUUUCACAAGUUGAAUUGUUGGUUAUUGAUGAAGCAGCUGCUAUUCCACUACCUAUGGUGAAGUAUUUGCUUGGCCAAUAUUUGGUCUUCUUGUCUUCUACUGUUAAUGGGUCAAGUUUAAUGUAUCAAUUUGUUCAUUUUGCUCUUGCAAAGUUAUGAAGGAACUGGACGCUCGUUAUCACUAAAACUUGUGCAGCAACUGCAAGAGCAAAGCCAUAUAUCUGCUAAGAGCAAAGAGGGCACCGAGUUUUGAUGCUUAUGGAAAUGACAACACCAAGUCUGGUUUUUGGGGUGUAUUGGCUCAUAAAGCCAAAUCAAUUCUGGAUGAUAAAAAUUCAGCUCCUCCUCCACAACAUGACACCAUGCCAUUGCCACAAACACUCAAAUCACACUCAUUUAAUACCUUUACUAGUCCGUUUUCAACUCAGCCAUUGUAUCAAUCUCCUGACUCUAAUAAAAAAAUGGACAAUCCUACAAUUAGAAAGGGAUUGGAUGCAAUCAAAUCUUCUCUCAAUCACUUAGGUGACACAUUUGAGAAGGCUUUUGAGGACAGCAAAACAAUUGUGGAGAGUAAGACAGCAGAUCUGAGAUCUCAAAUAAGGCGAAAAAGGAAAUGGACCGGAGGACAUAAACCAAGCUUCAGAUGUGAGGAAUCCAGGGCCGCAAUCCGAUCUGACAAAGUCUCAUUCUCGCCACUAAACACAACUCAAGGCAUCACGCGACGUGGCAAUGGCAACAGCUGCAAAAGCAAAAUUACUUCUUCGUGAGCUAAAGACCGUUAAAGCAGAUUUGGCAUUUGCUAAAGGAUGUAUCUGCACUUGUUAAAGACUCUGCACUUGUUAUCAAAAGCAAACAAUAUAUAUUCAUUCAUCUUUAUUAAAUAUAAUUUUAGUUCUUGUUGGAGUGGCUAUGGAUAUUUUUUCUUAGCAUAUAAUAAUUAUAUUUUUGUUUUCUUUGAAUACCUUAAUCUUGUACCUAUUUCUUAUAACUUACAUUUGGUUUCCUUUAAUAAGGAACUCAUUCUAGUUUCCUUUGAAA